AUGUCGUUUAGGGUCGAUGCCGCGUUGCAUGCACCCACAGAAGGAGAGGAGGUGGGCGGUUGUAAUGCUUUGCAAGGGGGCACUUCUGGAGAUGCGACGGAGGACCGCGCCGCGUUCCGCACGUUGCCAGCCAGUGGGAGGAGACGGGUGAACAUUCCGCGGCCUACGCCCCACGCGGAUGGUGCGGGUGCGUCAGCCCACGAAGCGGCUGCAGCAGGAAAGAAGGCGGAGGAAACGGCCGCGGGCCCAUCUCCCCUGCCCAAUGGGGCUCCGCGUGGGAUUGCGUUGGCGGAGAAGGCGCACUUUGAUCAGUCCCGCGUGAACGCUGCCCCAAGGUGUGGUGAGUCAACGGCAGGCGAAGUGCUGGGCCGCCGGAUAUGUGCUGAACCCUCCUCUUCUGCUCGGCCCGUAAAAGCCGACUCCGCCGCCGGAGUCCACCGAAACCCAGUGGAUGCGCUGCAGCUUCAGGGUGUGCGAGAGCAGCUGCUGUGGCUGAACGUCACGGGGAGGGACGACUUGCUGUCUCGAUACCUCGUCAACGGCCCUGCAAUCGCCAGUCACGAGGGACACGGUGUCACUGAAGCCCAUUGCGGGGGCGGCAAGCCACACCACGUGGAUCCCGAGGGGCAAAGCGCGUCGUUGCACGGAGCCCGACAGUUUGACGCGAGGGCGCGCUUUACCAACAAACAGAUUUUUCGGAGGAAACUUGUUCUGCUGGGUUAUCAGGAGGUUGGCAAGACGUCUUUGCGGAAGUGCUUCGAGUCGGAGCCGUUCUUAUUGAAGCGACUGCCGGAGGUGAGGACGACGACGGGGGUGGAGGUUUGCAGCCAAAAUAUUCGUGUUGCUGGGGAUUGGGUUCAGCUCAUCAUCUCGGAUUUUGCGGGGCAGGAGUCGUACCACUCACACACGCUCUUUCUUACGGAUCGAUCCAUAUUUCUUCUCGUGUGGAAGAUAUCGUCCGUCGAGCAGGACUUUCAGGGCUCUGGCAUCUGCGUGCACGAGGAGGAGCGGCUGUACAGGUGGAUCGCGGAGGUCUACGCCAAGUUUCCGCGGGCGAAGAUUGCGCUGGUCGCCACCCACCUGGAUGAGCUCCGGGUGCAGGGGCAGCGCAGCGUGGAGCGGAUCCUGUCAAAGGUGGCGGGGAAAGUCGUAAGCUUCAUGCAGCACAUAGCCGCCACAGACCCAAAUACGGGCGCCGCCGUCACCAAUGAAAUUGUGGGCAGCUUUGCUGUGUCGUGUAAGACGCGCCAAGUAAUCGCGGCCGGGGAACUACGGCAUUUGUCCGGUCAGAGUCUGAGCGCCCUGCUGCGGUUCUUCGCGGAGGUGGCACACCGGGAAUGUGUGGAGGACAAGGAGUUUCCCGCCGCCGCCAUUCCCGGGCGCGAGUUGACACUUCUAGAGGCGGUGACGAGCGAAGAAAAACGGUCCCCGCAUAAGUUGCUGCUCCCCCUGGGAGAGUUUAUUCAUUCCGCGGUGCAGUUGGGUGUGAAGUCGGGCGAGGAGGCGCUGCAAGUCGCCCGACUUAUGCACAGCUGGAAUAUUAUUUACCUCUUUAACUCGUACUGUUUGUCGGACAACACCUUCAUCAUGCUGCGUCCUCUUUGGCUGAGUCGCCUUGCCGCCGCGCUGUUUUCCUACGCCCACGUCCUUCGCACCCCGCUGCACCUGCGCAGCAUAUUUGGGCGUCUCGAGUACACCGUCAGCGUUGCCGAGGCGGCCGAUAUGCACCUCCUGAGGAAAGGGUUUCUUCGCUGGCCGUUGGCCCGGGUUUUGUUCCGGACCCCGCUGCGUGACAUUUUGGAGCACGAGCCUGAUGAAUUGGACUACACCUUAGCCGUGCGCUUCCUCGUCUCCCUGGGCCUCGUCGUUCCCGUCGUCGUCCCGUGCGAUGAGUUUGCGCUGCUGCAGGAGGAGACGCCGGCUGACCUCGAGGUAGGGCAGCCGCUCGUUCGCGAGGCGGCGCUCACGCGCUACUUCGUGCCCAGCCUCUCCCCGUUCGUCGCCCCAGUGAGCCUGCGGCGGCUCGCACCGGUGCUGUUCAACCGCGGGACGCAACUCAAGUUCGAGUUCAACCUCCUCCCGGACGAGGCCUGGUGGCGCUUCCAGGCCCAACUGCAGGGACGCCAGAAGAUCAUCGUCCUGCACGAGCCGCGCGGCGCCCUCACCGGCGACGAGGACGAGGACGUCUGGGACGACUACCGACUGCUCGAGGCGGACGAGGAGCACAACCGAUGGCGGGACGCCAUGUGGCUCGCCGGUGACUGCUGCCGGGUCUUUUUGUAUCGUGAGGGGCUUCAAGUGAUACACGUUUUUUCCACGGCGACGAGGCCGCACGGCGCGGAGGCGCUGCUGGAGGAGGUCGAGGGCGUCAUGUCGAGGUUGCUGCUGGAGUACCGUGGCCUGCAGCGGACGGUGUGCGUGGCAUGCCCGGGGCCAGACUGUGACGGCUGGCUGCCGUCAGAUGAGGUGCUGAUGGGGGCCCGGGUCACAUGCCGGACAUGCAGGCAGACGAUCAACAGCAACGACGUGGUGGCCGCCGACGUUGGGCCACGGCGAUCGCACGGCUUCAGCGACGCGCUGCUGCGGGAGGCCGGAGAGCUGCUUUGCCUCUCCCUGAGUCCCAGCUACCGUGCACGGCUCUGCGAGCACCUUUGCGUGGACCGCGCAGGCGUCCUUGGCGCCCUCCCCACCGACAGCAACGGCGGCGACGUGGAGGGCGAGGGGGCGGCGGCGGGACACGCGCCGGAUUGCAUGUACGCGCUCGACAAGGUCGUUCGUGCGGCCAUGCUGCGCUCGCUACGCGAGCGCGUCGAGGAGGAGGCACGCAGGCGCCGGAUGCUGGAGCCCGCGGCGCCCACCCUGCGAGUAUCGUUUCCCUCGAAGUGA